CAAACAGGGAAGAGCGGCGCUUCGUAGAACGUUAUUUGUUUCUUUCCUGAUUUUGAUUUCCGGUAUUGCAAGUUAAAAUCACUCGUCAUUGUAAUCAGAUAUAAUUCCGGAGAGAGAGAGAGAGAGAGAGAGAGAGAGAGAGAGAGAGAGAGAGAGAGAGAGAGAGGAAAUCAUCACCGUGAUAUAAACACUACCCCCACCUGCCGACCGUCAUAUUUACUCCGAAUCGACGUGGGUCAGAAGCGCGGGAGAUUUCGCCACUCCAAAUGCGCCCUAUAUGCGUUCAGUGACGGGCAAAGAACUCAUUGGAACACAUACAGACCUUAGUGCAACACUUACGUACAUCACUCCUGCGCCGUAGGGGGCCACAUAACAGAACAUUAUUCAGUUGUUGUUUUUCUUUUCAUCGAAGUGUAUCGCUGAAUUCGAAGGCACCAGAAACAUCAAGACUAUUUAUCGGGUUUAUUGACCUAUAUCCGGGUGCUGAGAAGAGAGGUUCCGCCCGCCCCUGCAUACUCAGGAAAGAAGAAAGCAAGGAACAAGUGCCUACCUAGUCUGUGACGCAUUUGCGGCUUUUUGUGUCUGAGUUAGCUGUACUAUUUCCGCGGUCAUUGGAAUACAACCGAGCUCCGGCCUUCAUCGGAAUGUCGAGCAUCUUGACAUACUUAUGGGUGGCGGCGUGUUUCGCGAGCCACUGCGCGCAUUGCUCUAUAGCGCGAUCCUCCGACCCAAACCUCCAGAUCUUCGGCGAACCUCAGUUGGAUCCGAGUGCCUUCGUCGACGUUCCUAUGGGAAACGUCGAUACGAUGGAGAAUGACAUCCCUGGUGAUCCGAUUGGAGCCCAUGACUUUGAAAUUGCCGUUCACAUGUCUCACCCUUCGCUGGACACCAAACACCAAGCUGACCCCAUCGAGCUGGCAGGUCUCUACCAGGGAGACAUCAUCCUGAAUAUGAACGACUCCAUCAGCAACGAUGGGAUGGGAGGUCCCGCAAAUAUUAGAAACGCUGUUGUCGAGAUGAGCAAAUUGUGGCCGAAGGGCAUUAUUCCCUACGUCGUGUCUUCUUCAUACAAUAAUUUCGAGCGAGCAACCAUAGCCAUGGCUCUAAAGGAAUACCAAGGGCAAACCUGCCUCAAAUUUGUGCCCAGGACAGUCGAAAGAGACUACAUUCACAUACUCAAGGGCGAUGGGUGCUCUAGCUCCGUGGGACGCCAAGGCGGUGCCCAGAAGGUUUCUCUAGGGCCCGGUUGCCUGUACGUGGGCAUCGUCAUGCACGAACUGAUGCACGCGGCCGGGUUCUGGCACGAGCAGUCACGCGGGGAUCGCGACAACUACAUCACGAUCAACAGACCCAACAUCCAAGAUGGAAUGUGGUACAACUUCGAGAAAUCUUCUUGGGAUAAAAUACAAACUCUGGGAGUGGAGUACGACCUCGGUUCUAUAAUGCAUUAUGGGCCCUACGCAUUUGCCAAAGAUCGCACGCGUCCUACUAUCAUUCCUCGAGUCACAGGAGCUGAAAUCGGCCAGAGAAGGGGCUUCUCCAAGAAGGAUAUUCAGAAACUUCAGCUACUAUAUAACUGCUCAAACACUACAGCAGAGGAAAACACAUUGAAUGAGACUCUCACCACAAUUGUCCCAGAGGUUUGUAAGGACAGCAACAAGUUCUGCAAGACGUGGGCCGGCACAGGCGAGUGCGAGAAUAAUCCAGUCUGGAUGGGAGCCAACUGCAAGAAGGCCUGCAACUUAUGCGAAACUGUUGCAACUGCCUGCGAAGACAAACACAGAUACUGUAAGUCAUGGGCCAAAUCAGGAGAAUGUCAAGCGAACCCUGCUUACAUGCGGAGAUACUGCAAGAAAUCCUGUAAAAAGUGUUAAUUCAUGUCAAGUUUCCCUGUCUUGACUGAACCCUCUGUGAAAACGAAAGCUGAAACUCUUCCUCAUUAAAAUUUGUCCUUGGAUCACUAUUAACGAGUGUCACACUUUUCUUUUUUCAUCAUGAUGGGGAUGCAAACAAAUUUGCUGAUUGUAAAGAAUUUGUCAAUUUCUUAGCAUAUGAGAGACGGGGAAAAGGGUUUGGCGUAACAGUAAAUGUAAGUCUUUGUAGGAUAUCCCUUCUUUUGACCUACCUAAUGCAUCUACCUCACUUCAUCCAAUUCCAUCAUUGUCUUUUCCUUCUACUGGUAAGAAAAGCAUAUAACAAACGAGCCUGAGCUGUCAUGAUUUGGCAUGACUUUUAGAGAACAACAACAUAAAAUAGCUGACUACUGUAACUGCAGUGGAAACUGUUGCGCAAGAUUUUUUAACUCCAUACGCAUUUCUGAGAAACAUUAAACCAUUGUUUUUUGCCUUUGUUUAGGUAGCAAUUGAUACAAGCCAAACGAAUACAAACCUAAUGAAAGCACGGAAUUUGAUUGCUGAGAAAACUGGGAAGUAGUAGUUUAUGUGUCAUAAACAGGAA